AUGACAAUUACGCAGUUAAGUGACGCCCCCAAGGACGACAAUUACAGAAAGCAGGAGCUUAAACAACUGGUUGGAAUAUUUGCUUCUAGGGCCCAGAAGUACAUUGACUGCAUUCGCAUCUCACUCGAGAACAAUCAGAUGCUGCGUUCAUUUUACAAGUUGGACUCUAAGCUCACGACUUUUUCCAUAAUGACCAACGAUGUGGUUGAAGAAAUACCGAUAUCCAGCGUACGUUUCCUCCAUUGA